UUUGAAAAGGUGUUUCGAUCGUCCUAACAUAAUGGACAUAAAUAUUAAAUUAGACCUAUAUAUGUAAACUAUAAAGUUUUUCUACUAGCAAUGUCUGCACCACCUACAGCAGGAGCGAACCCUUCAAUAUAUGUACCGCCGGCUGCAUUCAAUAUUCCGCAACCAGGUAUACCUAACGUUCCCACACCUGUUUUACCACCACCAGCACCAAAACAGCCGCCAUGCACAACACCAAACAACACAAUUUAUAUUAAUAAUCUUAAUGAGAAAAUAAAGUUACCAGCUCUGAAGAAAGCUUUAUCAACCAUUUUCGAACAGUAUGGUGAAAUCUUGGAUAUAGUUGCGCAUAACAACUUUAGAAUGCGUGGACAAGCGUUUGUUGUAUUUAAAGAACAAGAAAGUGCCACAAAUGCAAUCAAAGGAGUUCAAGGAUUCGCUUUACAGGGAAAGCCAAUGGUCAUCCAAUACGCGAAAACAAAAUCGGAUGCUACCGCUAUUAUCGAUGGAACUAUUGAAGAACAUAAACGCCAAAGAUUAGAGACCAAAGAGAAACGCGCCAAAGAACCUCCAACAAAGAAAUUUAAAGCAAAUAACGCGGCUUCAUUUCAGCCUGGAACAUCAACUAUUCCUGGAGUACCAGCAGUCGGCAACAUCCCGGACGAAUAUCUUCCUCCAAACAAUAUUCUCUUCUUGCAAAACUUGCCAAACGAUAUAACAGGAGCUGUUCUAACCACAUUUUUUGGACAGUAUUCUGGCUUUAAAGAAGUUCGCUCGAUCCAUCCAGCGAAGGGUAUAGCGUUUGUUGAAUAUGACACUGAACCACAAGCCAUGAUUGCCAAAGAGGCUUUAUCUAACUAUCCUAUAGCGCCAGAUCACAAACUCAAGAUCACAUACGCAAAAAAAUAAAGGAUAUUUUAAAGAAUAAAUCGACAAAGUUUUUGUCUAAAUUCUUAUCGGGUUGUCGUUAUUUUUAGUUUGCAAAUUUGCUUGUAAUUUAGGAAUUUCCACGGAAGUAGGUUGUAGCGGUCGGGUUUUAGGAAGUGACAAGUUAUGGGUGACAAUUAGAUUUUUAAUUUCGUCCCCAGUUUGGAUGUGACACUAUGUGACAAAUAAUUCUAAAAAACCGGCAUGUAAUUCUGGCUACCAUUUUUUCGGGCGACGCUAU